AUGCACCUCGACGACGCUUUAUGGGCAUAUAGGAUAGCUUACACAACUCCCAUCGAGACGAUGCCCUACAAGCUUAUCUAUGGUAAGGCAUGUCAUUUACUAGUCGAGAUCGAGCACAAAGCCUACUGGGCAGUGAAACAGUGCAACAUGAGCUUAGCCCAAGCUAGUGAAGAAAGGCUUCUUGAACUGCAAAAGUUAGAAGAGUUGAGGCUUGAGGCUUACGAGAACUCUAGGAUCUACAAGGAAAAAACCAAACUAAUUCAUCAUAAGGGUCUCGUGAGGAAAGACUUCAGGGUUGGUCAAAAGGUUUUGCUUUUUGAUUCAUACCUCCAGCUCAUGCUAGGUAGGCUUAAAUCCAAGUGGCUUGGACCAUUUGAAAUUGUUAACAUUUUUCCUUAUGGUACAAUGGAUAUUAGAAGCUUUGAGACAAAGAAGGAAUUUAAGGUUAAUGGAUACCAUCUCAAAAUUUUCAAUGAAGGGGAAGUGAACCUUGCUCGCUUGGCUUGGUUUUGA